AGCCACGAAGUGCAAACUCGUUCUGUACUGAACUGUACUGAAGCUCCACCAUUGGCUCUAACUGUCCGUCCGCCGGGGAAAGGAGGCGGAGGAGGAGGGGGGUGUAGAUUUGCUGAAUGACGGCUCGGUUUGUGUUGACACUUGAGAGCCGAUACAGCCUACGGGAAAUGCACAGGCCUACCUACGUUACAUUUCCACCUUGUAAAGAUAAUAAGAACCGUCUAAUUCUUGCUUUUAACACCGGGAGAUGUUUAUGACCGUGCGGGGACUGCGCGACGGGGCUACACGGAGUCGAGGCGGAGGGGACGUUUUCGCAGGUUGAUGAUCCUCUUUCGGCACCGAGGAGAAGAGCCAACACAAGUAAAUACAUGGUAUUAGUCUUUAUAGGCGGUUAGGCAGGCUUGCAUUAAAAGGAAGGAUAGGCGGUGCGAGCUAAUUCCUGGAAAUAUAGACCUCCGGCCAGAAUGACACACGCUACGUUUGCAGGUUGGAGUUAUUUCGCUGAAGUUGACGCUCAGACUUGAGCUGCGAGCAGCGUGUAGGAAGCUUGUGUGCCAGGAAAAACACCAUCCGUCUUUCACGUUUGACAGAUAACCAAUCAAAGCUGUUAUUCAAAUCGGUGCUCUUAUGUCAGUGACCUAUAUCUCAUGCACGUGCGCCAAAAGCCCACAGUAACCUCUCCGCCAGACCAGACAGCAUGGGGACCAACGGGCUAGACAACCAAGCGCAGCCGUCCGGCGGAGAGUCCCGGACGGAACAGCCGGCUCCGGGUCCUCAGAUGGAGCAGAGGGAUGCCCCUCAAGACCCAGACAAGAGAAAGGAUGAACAGGCGGACAGCAGCGAGGGUAAAAUCGUGAAGGAGGACAGCAAUACGCAGCUGAUCGAGACCGGGUGCAAGCCACCCCUCACGCCAGGUUCGGACUUCGAAGCGGGGUUGCAGGUAGAGAAGCCUGGCCACGGAGCUGGCUUCGUCCCACCCGAAGGUGGUUUCGCUGGCUGGCUGGUGGUUUUUGCUGCAACCUGGUGCAACGGGUCGAUCUUCGGGAUUCACAACUCCUUCGGCAUCCUGCACAUGAUGCUGGUGAAGGAGCACACAGACCCUUUAGACCAAACAUCCCAGUUCAAAGUGGCCUGGGUUGGGGCCCUGGCCAUGGGCAUGAUCUUCUUCUGUUCACCUGUGGUCAGCAUGUUCACAGACCACUUUGGCUGUAGGAAGACGGCUGUGAGUGGGGCGGCACUGGCUUUUAUAGGAUUGCUCAGUACAUCGUUUGCAAAUUCCUUGAUCCUUCGCUACUUCACAUACGGCAUAUUGUUUGGCUGCGGCUCCUCCUUCGCCUUCCAGCCCUCGUUGGUCAUCCUGGGCCACUACUUCCGCCAGCGCCUGGGUCUGGCCAAUGGUGUGGUGACGGCUGGUGCCAGCCUCUUCUCUAUGGGCCUUCCUGUGUUACUGAAAAAGGUGGUGGAACCUUUGGGCCUCAGCAGAACAUUCCAGAUCCUCAGUGUCUUCAUGCUGAUCCAGGCUCUGCUGGCGCUAAUGUUCAAGCCUCUGCUCCCUGCUGGGGGAGGCAUGGGCCCCCAAGGAAUAGGCCCCGACCAUGCCGAAUCCCAAACUCAAGCUGAUGCUCAAGGUGGAGGCAGGUGGAGCAGGGCGAUCACCACCGUCAGGAAGUACUUCAAUCUGCGUGUGUUUCACAUCGUCACAUACCGAGUGUGGGCGUUUGGAGUAGCUACAGCUGUAUUGGGCUAUUUCGUGCCAUAUAUCCAUCUGAUUAAUUUUGUAAAAGAACAGUUCAAGGAGACUGAAAAGGAGUGGGUGCUCCUUGUUUGCAUAGGAGCAUCAUCAGGGGUGGGACGCCUCACUUUUGGAAAGAUCGGGGACCUCAUUCCUGGUCUGCGGAAAGUCUACAUGCAGGUGGUCUCCUUCAUUGCUCUUGGCCUGAUGUCCAUGAUGAUUCCUCAGUGCUCGAUGUUCGCCGGGCUGGUGGUUGUGUGUGUGUUUCUGGGACUGUGUGAUGGAUGCUUCCUCACCAUGAUGGCUCCCAUAGCUUUUGAGCUUGUCGGGCCCAUGCAAGCCUCGCAGGCUAUAGGUUACCUUCUAGGCCUCAUGUCUAUCCCUAUGACUGCGGGUCCACCUAUCGCUGGUCUCCUGCAUGACUAUUUUGGGAAUUACACAGUGGCCUUCUCCCUGGCUGGUGUGCCUCCGAUGGUGGGGGGCGUGGUGCUGUUCUUUGUGCCCCUGAUCCACCACAGGCUCCAGCGAGGUCAGGCAUCACCAGAGGAGACCUCCACAACUGCCCACAUGUUGCCCAGCGCCCCACCGGCCGAGGAGCCCAAGAGCUGCUCCAAUGGGGACAUCCUGCCCGGCUACACUGAUGUAGAGACACACAUCUGAUCGCAUCAUACAAAGGGAUUCAGCCCACCAGCACCUUUUCUCAUCCAUAAAUUGCCCUCCACCUAACCAGAAGUCUCAACUGUGGAUUUCCUGUUGGCUGAUCUUUAACCUGCAACCCUCCAAGACCCCCCUCUUUGGCUAUUUUCUUUCUUUUUUUUAAAUGCGAAGAGAAGUGGACAAUGCUCUGGCGACAAGCCACGGAGUGGAUGAAAAGAGGGCACAUCAGCGUCGGAGGUGGAUAAAAGCAGAAAAGCACAACGUAGUCUAAUCUAGAAUCGUUGUAACACAUACCUCCAAGAGGAACUAAAUGAAGACUAAAAAGCUGUCUUUCUGAUUUUAUAGCAUUUAAUCGUGCUACCUUAGCCUUUGAAGCUGUAAAAAAGAUACACUUUUGUUUUUAGAUCUUACUUCUGAGAAGAAGAGGUAUAUAAAAUAACAACUAGUGAAGGGAUAAAGUCAAAAUGUCUUUAUGUUGUACCUCAAACAUCUGAUUUCUUUUUAACACAAUGUGUUUUAUUUAGUAUGAGUAGCUAAAACAUGGUUAUAUCUUAAAUGAUUUGCAGCUUUGCUGUAUUCGGCUCUGCGCUUCUGCCUGUGUUUUCUGCUGUUACAGCUACAAGAGAAGCAUGCGUACUGGUUGUACAUGUCACAGGAGGUAACAGAUAUUUCUACUAGUAGAUGAGCCAGCAGAUACAAUCCACCUCAGCUCAGCCGCACAUGAGUUUUGGACCCUGGCUGCACUGUGUUCACACCCCGCAGUCUAAAACUUAGACAAAAUUUCUUCGCCAGUCUGCCUGCAUGGAGGACGUGUGUAAUUGUGGCAGUUGAUUCCACUGAUUCAUAUGCAAUGAACCUUAGUGUUUUUGACCGUUUACCAGUUUUCAAUGUUGGGUCAGUGACUUUUCAACACCACAGUUAAUAGAGGGUAUUACCUCCUGAGUCUGUAAAGCAUUAAUGUUUGUUAUUUUUUCUCACCAAAUAAAUUUUUUUUAGCAGGGUGCUACACAAAUCUGAAUUAACUGUGUCUGACACAGCUUUGAAAAAUAACUGACAACAGUUUUGUGCUUUAUAGGUGUGGAAAGAGUUGGAGUCAAGCAGUAGUUAUGGGAACUUAAUGGCUGUGAAAAACAUAGACUUUAUUCAACUUUGCCAAAGGCAUUUUGUCUGAAAGUGUAUGUGUGUGUGGUUGCCUAAUGAUCUUAGUAAGGACUAGUUUGAGUUUUAGACCACCGAGUGAGGACAUAUUGGCAAGUCCUCGUGUUUUCACGUCCUUUCUGCCUGUUUAAAGGUUAUGAUGUGGCCUAAGGAUUGUUUACAAGAAGGUUAUGGUUGGGGUGUUGGUUUGGAUGGUUAGGGUUAAAGGUAGGGAUAAUGUCAGUGAACUUCCUCACAAAGAUAGUCAUGCGUCCUGUGCGUGUGUGAAUCUGCAUUUAAUAUUAGAGGCAUUUAUUUAAUAUGAAACUAAGUUGGGGUCUGUUGAUGAAGAGGGGACAGAGAUUAAAAACUGCCAAAUGGCUCAAGCCCUCAUCAGGUUGUCUCACAGAUAAUCCAGCCAGUUUGCUGCUUUAAUUUAGCAUCACUACGACGACAUCACUAGUUGUUUUUGCAGAAAUGGAAUAAAAGAGACAAAGUUGCAAUCUUGUUGAGAUACAGUAUUCCCUCGGGAGGACAAUCUGUAGUGGUAACUACCACUUACCACUUUGGACCACUUACCUCUGCGCUUUUAGAUUGCAAGUUCUCCUGAACGACGGACUUCAGUAAACAGACGUGAAGUAGAGCUGCAAUAAUCAGCUGUUUGAGUUACACAAUACUACGUGGUUCUAUGCAUAACUGAAUCGCAAAGGGGCGAAUGCCGUGGCAUUCAGCUGGCGUUUCUUUGUUGGUUUCCCCUCCUUGCUUUCACUGCCAUUACUCAGUCCGCUCCUGCUUGACAACAGAU